GUGAUUCUGAUAUCCUUUAACUGUCGACUCUAAACCAAUAUUGCCUGUCGUGUCCAUGGCCAACGAUGAGAAAAAGCUUCACAUAGCCAUGUUCCCAUGGCUAGCCUUUGGCCACAUGAUCCCAUACCUAGAGCUCGCCAAGCUCAUUGCUUCAAAGGGUCAUCUCAUCUCCUUCAUAUCCACCCCUCGGAACAUCGAUCGCCUCCCCAAAAUCCCCCCAACUUUAGCUUCCCUCAUUAACUUCGUCAAGCUUCCACUGCCCCACGUGCAAAACCUCCCGGACAAUGCGGAGGCCACCUCGGAUGUCCCUUUGAACUUGGUCCCGUUCCUCAAGAGGUCUUACGAUGCUCUCCAAGACUCCGUGACUCGCUUCCUUGAAGAUUCACAUCCUGACUGGCUUCUCCACGACUUUUGUCCUUACUGGUUGCCGCCUAUAGCCCGUAAGCUCGGCAUCCCGAGCGCCUUCUUCAGUAUAGUCAGUGCAGCCGCUUUGUGCUUCUUAGGGACGAAAGCAUAUUUCGGUGAGCGCAAGAGCCCCGAAGACUUUACGGUUCCACCCCGGUGGGUUCCUUUCCCUACAACGGUGGCGUUUCGGCUCUUCGAGGUAUUCAAAAUAUUUGGCCAAGGCAUAACUGGCGUCGAGGACGACGUUUCAGAUGUUUAUCGUUUCGUAGAUGUGCUUCAAGGCUGCGACAUUGUGGCUGUGAGAGGAUGCGUGGAGUUUGAGCCUGAGUGGCUACGCCUUUUGGAGGAUCUCAACGGCAAACCGGUUCUCCCAGUGGGUCAACUUCCCACCACCGCAUUCGACAGCGAAGAUGAUACCGACACGUGGCGGUGGAUGAAAGCUUGGUUGGACUUGCAAUCCAAGGGGUCCGUAGUGUACGUAGCGUUCGGGAGCGAGGCGUUACCGAGUCAAACCGAACUCACCGAGAUAGCUCUCGGGUUGGAACAAUCCAAGUUACCGUUCUUCUGGGUGCUAAGGACUCGAAAGGGGCCAGCUGAUACCGAGUUGAUUGAAUUACCGGAGGGGUUUGAGGAACGAACCAAAGAACGAGGAGUUGUGUGCACGAGUUGGGCACCUCAGCUCAAGAUUUUGGCUCACGAGUCUGUUGGUGGGUUCUUGACUCACUCCGGGUGGAGCUCGGUGGUGGAGAGCCUUCAAUUUGAGAGACCUCUCAUUCUGUUGACCUUCUAUGCAGACCAAGGGAUUAACGCUAAGGUUUUGGAUGAGAAAAAGAUUGGGUAUUUGAUACCCAGAAAGGAGCAGGACGGGUCGUUUACUAGGGACUCAGUGGCCGAGUCGCUAAGGCUCGUGACGGUGGAGGAAGAGGGCAAGGCGUACAGAGACAAGGCCAAGGAGAUGAAGGGGUUGUUUGGAGACAGGGAUAGUCAGGACCGGUACGUGAAUAGUUUCCUUGGUUACCUGAAAACCCAUCUACAAUCUCAGAAGGUUGAAUAAACCUAGCCACCGGGUAGGGCUGUCAAAAAUUACCAAAAACCGGGACCUGGUUCGGUUCCUGUUGAAAAAAACCAAAAAUCGAGUACUCAGGUUCCGGUAUCCGGUUUUUGGUACCCUAUGCACUUCAUCUUCAUUUCACAACUUCACGCCAUUUCGCCUCUCUCUUCAUUUCCCAUUUCCAAAGCCCCAAAUCCUCUUUUAUCUCUUCAUGGUCACCGAUUAGUUCUCACCACUACCCCCAUUCACCACUGCUAUACCUCCGAUUUCUUUUGGUUUUGGGGUUUGGUGGGUCUGUAAUAAAACCCAUGUUUGAUGUUGCUGUGCUAUUUGAUGUUGUUCUGCACUGCAAUAAAACCCUUUUUUGUUCUUCUGCAAUAAAACCCAUGUUUGAUGUUGUUGUGUUGUGCUGUGCAAUAAAACCCAUUUUCGUUCU